AUGCAGAACAAAGUGCUAGUAUUAUGUCUGUUUAUUGUUAUUACCACAAAACUAUCAACGGCUCAACUAGUGACCUUUCAACAACAAGCCUUAACUCAACACAACUUUUAUCGUCAAAACCAUUGUAAUACUAGUGGUUUAGCAUUGAAUUCGACAUUGAAUGUAGUUGCACAAAACUAUUCAGAAUAUUUAGCAGCAAAUAAUCUAUUUACACAUAGUAAUGCACCUGGAUUGGGUGAAAAUUUAUGGAUGAUGACAUCAUCGGCUCAAAUCUCUUCUGUUAAUGGUAAGAAAGCAUAG